UCAACUCCAGGAAGUGCCGUGUAUGAACGAGCCUGGCAGGAAGAGAGACAGCGCGAGCUUUGCUUCCUGCUGGGACCGGACUGAGCGUGAUCUAUGAGCGUGACAUUCUACUGAAGACAUGAUUGAUAUAAAGGCCUGGGCUGAGUACAUAGUAGAAUGGGCUGCCAAGGACCCAUAUGGUUUUCUUACAACGGUGAUCCUGGCCCUCACCCCGCUCUUCAUCGCAAGUGCAGUACUCUCCUGGAAACUGGCUAAAAUGAUUGAGGCCAAGGAACGGGAACAGAAGAAGAAGCAGAAACGACAGGAAAACAUUGCAAAAGCAAAGAGAACAAAGAAAGACUGAGCGUAACACGGGGCUAGUAACAU